AGCAGGGCACUGGUGUCCCCAGGCUGGUGCCCGGGGUGGCCGGCGAUGACCGACGCGGUGCUGGGCGGCUCCUCUGACCGGUGGAUGUGCCCCAGUGACAGGACCAUGUCCCUCCGAGCCAGCAGUGAGAAGGAGCAGCUCCCGGCGGGAUGGGCGGCACAGCCCGAGCGGCAGCGCAAGGGCGAGGAGCUGACGGAUGAGGAGAAGGAAAUCAUCAACCGGGUGAUCGCCCGCGCCGAGAAGAUGGAGGAGAUGGAGCAGGAGCGCAUCGGGCGCCUGAUGACCCGGCUGGAGGACAUGCGCCGCAGCGUGCUGGGGGACGGCAUCAACCGCUGCAUCCUCUGCGGGGAGCAGCUGGGGACAAGGGGCUCUGCCUGCGUCGUCUGCGAGGACUGCAAGAAGAACGUGUGCACCAAGUGUGGGGUGCAGACCACCAACAACCGGCCCCAGGCCAUCUGGCUCUGCAAGAUCUGCAGCGAGCAGCGGGAGGUGUGGAAACGCUCCGGUGCCUGGUUCUUCAAGGGUUUGCCCAAGCAGAUGCUGCCGCAGCCGAUGCCCAUCAGCAAGAAGGGAGCCCAGCCCCCGAGCGAGCCCCGCCCGGCCCAGCCGCCCGCCCCGGACCCCAAAGUCCCCUCCCGGGCACCCACCCGAGGCCAGGCGGAUGCUGAGGACACCGAGGGCACCGAGGGCACAGCGGCCGCCCGGGGGAGCCGCAAAGCGGCCGAGGGCCGGCCGGGUCCGUGCGGCGGCGAGGACACCGCUGGGGACAGUGACAGCCGGGACUACACUGCUGAGAGCGGCGUCAGCCGGAGCCCCGGUGUGAAAAGAACCAACUCCGUGCAAGGCCAGCGGCCACCCCCACCGGCCACCGCCGGUCCGGCUGCCGCAUCCGCCGCUGGAUCUGCCCCGGCAGCGGCACCCGCAGCGCCGGCGGCCGCAGCGGCAAGGCCGGGUGCCGGGGGUCCCGCCCGCUUCCCGGAGAGACAAGGUAACCCGGGGCUGGGCCCCCCGGAGCUGGCCCGCGGUGCCGCCAGGGAGGAGCGGGGAGGGGGCUUUGCCGCGCCCCCCGGCAGGGAGGACAGGCCAGCCUGGCAGCCCCCUGCUGCCAGCCAGCCCCCGCCCGCAGCCGCGGCCCCGCAGCGGCAGCAGCAGCCCCGCGAGGAGGAGGAGGAGGAUGCCAACAGCUACGACUCGGAUGAAGGCACCACGCUGGGAGCUCUGGAGUUCAGCCUGCUCUACGACCAGGACAACAGCUCCCUGCACUGCACCCUCAUCAAGGCCAAGGGCUUAAAACCAAUGGAUUCCAACGGCCUGGCUGAUCCCUAUGUGAAGCUGCACCUCCUGCCUGGAGCCAGCAAGUCCAACAAGCUGCGGACGAAGACGCUGCGCAACACGAGGAACCCGGUGUGGAACGAGACCCUGGUGUACCACGGCAUCACCGACGAGGACAUGCAGAGGAAAACCCUCAGGAUCUCCGUGUGUGACGAGGACAAAUUUGGCCACAACGAGUUCAUUGGAGAAACCAGAGUUGCCUUGAAAAAACUCAAAGCCAACCAGAAAAAGAACUUCAACAUCUGCCUGGAGAGAGUAAUACCAACGAAGCGCGCCGGAACAACGGGCGCAUCCCGUGGGAUGGCUCUGUACGAGGAGGAGGUGGAUCGCGGUGGGGACGUGGAGGAGCGCGGGAAGAUCCUGGUGUCCCUGAUGUACAGCACCCAGCAGGGCGGGCUCAUCGUGGGCAUCGUGCGCUGCGUGCACCUGGCGGCCAUGGACGCCAACGGAUACUCGGAUCCUUUCGUCAAGCUUUGGCUGAAACCUGACAUGGGAAAAAAGGCCAAGCACAAGACACAGAUUAAGAAGAAAACGUUGAAUCCUGAAUUUAACGAGGAGUUCUUCUAUGACAUCAAACACAGUGACCUGGCCAAGAAAUCCCUGGACAUUUCCGUCUGGGAUUACGACAUCGGGAAAUCCAACGAUUAUAUUGGCGGUUGCCAGCUGGGAAUCACGGCCAAGGGCGAGCGCUUGAAACACUGGUACGAGUGUUUGAAGAACAAGGACAAGAAGAUCGAGCGCUGGCACACCCUGCAGAACGAGAACCACGUGGCCAGCGAUUAAAGGGAGCCUCUGCCCAGCCCUCCCUGCCCUCUGCCACGCCCCUCUAGGUCCCUGAUGUCCCUGGUGUCCCUGGUGUCCCGUCUUCCAGCGCAGCCACGCCUUGCUACAGCCUCUGAUCCCAGGGUCCUCCUCCUCCUCCUCCUCCUCCAAGCCCCCUCCUCUGGAAACUCCCUCAAAUCUUUUCUAUUCUCCUUUAUUUAUUUUCAGCUGGGGGAGGGAGGCUGUUCGGUUCCCCUGGUGUGUAAUUUUGGCAAGCAAUAGUUCCCUCCUGACUGUUCCCCCCACCCUUUCUCUCUCUCUCUCUCUCUCCGUUCCCGUCGCGUUUCUGACGCUCUGUGUCCCUCCAGCCUCCGCUCCCAGGGGAGAUGGCAGUGCUGGGCUUGGGAGCAUCAGCCUGUCCUUGCUUGUGUGAUCUCAAUACCUCAGUUGCAAUAAGGAAAAAAGCUCCUUGGCUUUGGUGUGGGUGUCACCGCCGCCUGGUGUCCGUGUCGUCGUGGUUAGGCCAACUCCGGUGUCACCGGCGUCAUCCCGCGAGUCCUGCUUGAGCUUCACCUCUGCUCUGGCCCACCUGAGCAAUGUUGUGGCACAUCCUUUGCUGAGAAGAUCCACCUCCAGCACCAUGACAGCCACAAGGAGGGUUUAGGGAGCUCUGUGCUGGCAGGGGAGCAGGUUUGGGUCGGGUUUUGUCCUUUCCUUCGCCCGAGGAAUUUGAGGGCUCUGCUGCUCUAGGAGCCCAGCUGUGUUUUAGGGUUGUGACUACCUCCUCCUCACCUCUGAGCUGUGUUGUAGUGACUGGCUGAGCCCUGAAGGGCUCCUAGGUCCCCUCAGACCCCUCCUGCUUCCAAGGAUUUACUGUUCCUCAGGAGGGAAGCUGAGGCAGCUGCUGUUCCCCCCCAGGCCCCCCCAAUGUGUGCCAGGAUUAUUGCUUUAAACCACCACAGCUCCUGGAAUUAGCUGGAACUAUCUGAGAUCUUCCAAACUUGGCUUGUUUUGGCUUGGUUUUCUUUCGUUUUUCCCAGUUUUCCGCACAAGAACCCUCAGCCUGCACUUUAAGGAUGGCCUGGAGCUGUUGGAAGUGCUCUGGACAGCGGGAGAGCACAGACCUCUGCAGCUGCUGCUGCUGGGCUCUGGAACCAUUCCCUGGCUCUGGAACCAUUCCCUGGCUCUGGAACCAUUCCCUGGCUCUGGAACCAUUCCCUGGCUCUGGAACACUCCAGGCCCUGUGGAUAGGAGCACACUAAGCACUAUGGAAUAUAUGGAAUUUUUUGUCACACUGAGCAUGGUGUGUGAAACCUCCCCCUGCACCCUCUGCUGCUGCUCCCCUCUCUUGGAGUUGGAUGAGUUCUGUUCUCCUGGUAUUUUCUUUAUCUCCCCCCAGCCCCAGCAGAACUUGCUGAUGUGCCCUGAAUGUCCCCAGCCCUGGGUGACACAAACCCCUCUGUGCUGAGCUGGCACAGGCUCUCCCCUCCUUGGAUCUCCAGGUGGGAAAAGCCAAGCCAAGCCACCCCAGAGGGUCCAGCUGGGAAUCCUCCUCCAUCAUCCAUCACUUGGGGUGGGAUGGAAGAGGGCACCUGGAAAUCUUCCCCUUUCUCAUGGAAUUCUUGCCUCUGUGCCAGUCAGGGUGACAUCCCUGAGCCACCCUGGCCAGGACCCAGACUGAAACAAUCUCUGUUUUUUGGGCUGUUCCCCUCUGCACCCCGUGCUGAACCCUCCCUGCUGCAGGCCCAGCUGAGCUGUGGGGUGGUGGGAUCCAGGAGCAAUGGUUGGACUCUCCCUUUUUCAACCUUAAUGACUCCAAGCUGCCACCAUCCUUUCCAGAGGGAUGGACCUGCUCCAAGAAAUUCCUAUUCAUACCCAGGGCACGGAGCUGUGCUGGGGAAAUGUGGGGCUGAGGGUGGAAAAAAAAAAACCUUUAAAAAUCAUUAUUUAAGCAAUUCCUUAAUUUCUCCCAGUCCUGCAGCAGCCCAGCCUCCUUUGUACGUGCAGAACAACUCCCUUAAGGUUACCCUUUUCCCAUCCUGUAUUCCCAUUCCCUGUUCAGCCUGCUUUCUUUGGGAAAAGGACACUCAGAUCAUCUCUUUGCACCUCCAAAAAUCAAGUGCAACUUGCCAAUCUCCUCAGUAUCGUGCAAAACCACAGCCCUGGUCUCUGCCCCACCCCUCUCUUCUCAGUUUUUCUGAUGGUAAUUCCUGCCCUGAAUGAGUUCUUUUUGUUGUAAAUAAAGCAUGCACCUAUGGAUUGGGAAUGGUGAAAAACAAACAAACAAA